GAGGCGCGACGCGCACAGCCGCGUUACCACGGACGCUCCGGCGGCACGUGACGCUAGGCGCCGCGCGCGGUGAUGAUAUAAUUGCGGCGCCACGUCGGCUCUGCAGCCAAGAUGGCGGCGGCGGAGGGCAGCGCCGCGGUGGCGGCCGAGCCCCUGUUUGCAGGGCUCGCAGACGUGUCGAUAUCUGAGGAUAUCCCGGUGGAAGGGGAGAUCACUGUUCCCGUGGGGUCCCACUCCCCAGAGGAAGAUUACUCCACGCUGGAUGAACCUGUCAGGGAUACCAUUCUGAGAGAUCUGAAGGCUGUUGGGAAGAAAUUUGUCCACGUCAUGUAUCCGAAGAAGAGCAGCGCGCUCCUCAGAGACUGGGAUCUUUGGGGGCCUUUGGUGCUUUGUGUCUCACUUGCUCUGAUGCUGCAGGGGGGAUCAGCAGACAGCAAGGAAGAUGGAGGGCCCCAGUUUGCUGAGGUCUUUGUCAUCAUCUGGUUUGGUGCCGUUGUCAUCACAGUGAACUCAAAACUUCUUGGAGGAACUAUAUCUUUUUUUCAGAGCCUGUGUGUUCUGGGUUACUGUGUCCUGCCCCUGACGGUGGCGAUGCUGGUGUGCAGGCUGGUGCUGCUGGCAGGCUCUGGGACUGUCAGUUUCAUUAUACGCCUUAUUGUAGUGAUUGCUAUGUUUGCUUGGUCAACAUUAGCAUCUACAGCUUUCCUGGCUGACAGCCAGCUGCCGCACCGCAAAGCUCUCGUGGUGUACCCCAUCUUCCUCUUCUACUUCGUUAUCAGCUGGAUGAUUCUCACCUUUACACCUCAGUGAAGAGACUGCGUGAUGCAGACUGAAGUUUUAAUGAGCACUGCAGUUGAUCGUUGGCUUUGUCUCUUGUUAAUUUAUACACAUAGUCUAAAAAGGCUGGUUAUGGGAUAAAGCCAGAGAACUGCAAGACUGAUCACGUGUUCUUGAAAGACAUGGAAGUCCAGCUACUGAGCUUUUGUUUAAUUAGCCCUGCUCUUCAUUUGUGUUGAAUAAGAAAUGCACACUGUGACAGGGAAUAUUCUGCCUGAGGAAUAGAGGGAGAGAUCUUGGAACUUCAAGAGUUUGAUAGGUGAAGUUACAGGAUCACACAGCCUGGCAGGAUUCUUGCUUGUGCUUGGAUUCCUGCUCAGGGUAAACAUGCCUUACAUUGCUGUUAUGUGUUGGGUAAGGAGGAACGUGUUUGAUUCCUGUUCUUUUUCAUUCACUACAGAGUGGUGAAAUUUAUAUAAAAUGCAUCAUAGGACUGUAAGCUCUCACUUUGAAAUCAGAUCUUGGCAAAGAGUAAGUUGGGUCCAAUUUGCUGUUAACUAGAGCUGGGCAGAAGGGGACUGCCUAUGCACCUAUGAAUGUACUCUGUAUUUGUUUCACCUACUUCCAUGUCAAGCCAUUGUGUUUUAGCCAAAUGGUUUCCAGCACUGUGGCUACACUAACUAAUCCAUACAUCAACCGAGAGGGGGUGUGUAAGUAGAUAGUUACAAAUCUUUUCUUGUUACUCUAGAUUAAAAAGUCCUGGAGAAACAGUGAAAGCUGGUUUGCAGCAGGGAUGUACCUAGUACUCUACAUGUUGAUUAAAAACAGAAAUAGAAGUGUCUGGAGAGUACAAAAUAUAUCUCUUAAAAAUAACAAUAAUUGAGAAGUUGAGAUUUUGAUAGGUAAAGUGUUCAGAUGCUAACAUACCAAACCAGGUCGUGGGUCCACAAGUUUUAAAAUUGGUUGGAGGAAGGAAAAUAAAUCAUGGUGAAGGUGGUGGCUGUGAUGAAGUAGGAUGCAAAUUCUGAUCUUGAUUGCUUGUAUGUGACUUUCAUUUGGUUGUUUACAUGGUUGGUGUUUCAACAUAAAUGCAAGUAAAUUUGCAUAUUGUUUCUUUGUACCUAAAAUGAAAUGUGAGAAACUUUUCUAUAUUUUCUUUCCCAACACUUUUUAUAAAAGGAGAGGAGGAGGCUUUCUUCUCCAGUAGUACGUCUCCUGCCUGGAGAACCAUGCACGAACAUCUAAGCAUGUAAUUUAUAUUUCUAUUAGGGAUUGAGUGAGACCUGGCACAUUGUUUGUUGAAGGUUGUAUUGAGAUUACUGAUGUUGCCUGCCAUUUUCAGGAAGCAGCCUGAGGGGAGAACUUUGCAAUGCUCUGGGGGUGGGGAAGCUGCUGUUAAAAUGUGUUUUUCUCUUUCUCAAAACAAGCUUUGGAUUUUCUUUCUCCUGUACUAAUGCAAAUGGACCUGAAACUGAUGCAAGUGGGUCCGGUUAAAAUGUAAAUACUGCUAAUUUAUAUUUAUAGAGAAAAGUGCCGUUUCUGCUAUAGGCACUCUAAAUACUUGGUAUUUGGGUGGGAAGUUGUUAAAUAUGUGGACUGACAUGGCAUUUUUUUUGCACUUCUGAGAGGGUGGAGAAGAGGAAAGGAAGAAAUCAGAUAACUGUGGGAGCUCUUGGUUGUUGCAGAGCAGGCAUCAGUGGGCGUGUGUGGGGCUGAGCCGCUGUGUGCCUGCUGGGGCCAGUGUGUGUGCUGCACGUUGCUGCAGGAGGAGCUGUAGUGCUUCAUAUACUUGGGUACCAAAUGGAAAUGGGAAUUUUUUUAAACGUCCAUUAAAUUAUUACUGUUAAGGAAUGUGA